AUGGCGACGAUGGAGCUGGACACCAAGCUACCGGAGACCACAAUUGAAGAGACGUGUUCCGCCAAGCCGGCGACGAAGCACGGCGAAGGUCUUAGGCACUAUUACCUUCAACACAUUCAGGACCUCCAGCUUCAACUCCGCCUGAAAACUCACAAUCUCAAUCGUCUCGAAGCUCAGAGAAACGAGCUCAACUCUAGAGUGAGGUUGCUUCGUGAAGAACUUCAGCUGCUUCAGGAACCUGGAUCUUAUGUUGGCGAGGUGGUCAAAGUCAUGGGAAAGAAUAAGGUUUUAGUGAAGGUGCAUCCAGAAGGGAAAUAUGUUGUAGAUAUAGAUAAAAGCAUUGAUAUCACAAAAAUCACUCCAUCAACUAGGGUUGCUCUUCGAAACGACAGUUAUGUUCUUCAUUUAGUUCUGCCAAGCAAAGUAGAUCCAUUAGUAAAUCUUAUGAAAGUUGAGAAGGUCCCCGAUUCUACUUAUGACAUGAUUGGUGGUCUUGAUCAGCAAAUUAAGGAGAUAAAAGAGGUCAUUGAACUUCCAAUCAAGCAUCCAGAAUUAUUUGAAAGUCUUGGAAUAGCUCAACCAAAGGGUGUCUUGCUAUAUGGACCUCCUGGUACUGGGAAAACACUAUUGGCUCGGGCAGUAGCACAUCACACUGAUUGUACUUUCAUUAGGGUUUCUGGUUCUGAGUUGGUGCAGAAAUAUAUUGGAGAAGGUUCUAGAAUGGUUAGAGAACUUUUUGUGAUGGCCAGGGAACAUGCUCCAUCUAUCAUAUUCAUGGAUGAAAUUGACAGUAUUGGCUCGGCUCGUAUGGAAUCUGGGACUGGAAAUAGUGAUAGUGAGGUGCAGAGAACUAUGCUGGAACUUCUUAACCAACUGGAUGGAUUUGAAGCAUCAAACAAGAUCAAGGUUCUGAUGGCCACAAAUCGGAUUGAUAUUCUUGAUCAGGCUCUUCUGAGACCCGGACGAAUUGAUAGAAAAAUCGAGUUCCCAAAUCCUAAUGAGGAGUCUCGUUUUGAUAUAUUGAAAAUACAUUCAAGAAAAAUGAAUUUAAUGCGGGGGAUCGAUUUAAAAAAGAUUGCUGAGAAGAUGAAUGGUGCCUCUGGUGCUGAACUUAAGGCCGUUUGCACAGAAGCUGGAAUGUUCGCUCUAAGGGAAAGGAGGGUUCAUGUGACACAGGAAGAUUUCGAGAUGGCAGUUGCAAAGGUAAUGAAGAAAGAUACGGAUAAGAACAUGUCGCUGAGAAAGCUUUGGAAGUAGAUUGAAGUAGUUUACUGACGACACAGUUUUCCACAACCCAUCACUUUUGGGAAUUAAAUGACGCUGUUGGCCGUGAGACCAAUUCAAAACUCCUCACUCCAAUGUAAGCUUCUCUAUGACGUUACACUUCAAAACGCGUCCGCCUAAUUCCCACUUUGAAAAGUAAAUACUCUGGAGGACCCUCAUGAGUUGUCUUGUACGUCUAUUUGUGGGACAGUUUGUUCUGUAGGGCAUUCUUGCUUUCUUGUCGAUAUUUUACUUUAUUUUCUAGGUCUUCGGGUGAAAAAAGGUAACAUCUUUUUUUUUUCUUGGGUGAGGAAUAUCCUUACAAGUCUAUGAAAAACAAAGCGGACUAACUUGUUCAGUCUUGAAGGUUUGUGUCUAAUAGGUCACUGAACUAUUAAUUUUGUGUCUAA